AGCAAACAAGGAGAGUGAGGGAGCCUUAGCUAAGCUCUGAGGACUUGCCUAAGCCUCUGCUGUUGGAGCUUCCCAGGGAAAAAAAAAAUCCACACUUUUUCCUACAUCUGACUGAAGCUUUUGAUUAAUUCUCUGUAGCUGUUUCUAGUGAAGAAAGGUAGCCAUGGAAGAGAAUAUGGAAGAGGGACAAACACAGAAAGGGUGCUUUGAGUGCUGCAUCAAAUGCCUGGGAGGUAUUCCCUAUGCAUCUUUGAUUGCCACUAUCUUGCUGUAUGCUGGAGUUGCACUAUUCUGUGGUUGUGGACAUGAAGCACUUUCAGGAACUGUCAACAUUCUGCAAACCUACUUUGAGAUGACAAGAGCUGCAGGAGAUGUUAUUGAUGUCUUUACCAUGAUUGACAUCUUCAAGUACGUGAUAUAUGGUGUAGCAGCUGCAUUCUUUGUAUAUGGCAUUUUGCUGAUGGUGGAGGGAUUCUUUACAACUGGUGCCAUCAAGGAUCUCUAUGGGGAUUUCAAAAUCACCACUUGCGGCAGAUGUGUUAGUGCGUGGUUUAUUAUGCUGACAUACAUCUUUAUGUUGGCCUGGCUUGGAGUUACAGCUUUUACAUCUCUGCCUGUUUACAUGUACUUCAAUCUGUGGACCAUUUGCCGAAAUGCCACCGUAGUGGAUGGAGCUAAUCUCUGCUUGGAUCUUCGCCAGUAUGGUAUUGUAACUAUUGGAGAGGAAAAGAAGGUUUGCACCUCUUCAGAAAGUUUCAUCAAGAUGUGUGACUCUAAUGAGCUAAACAUGACAUUCCACUUGUUCAUUGUGGCACUUGCUGGAGCUGGAGCAGCAGUCAUUGCUAUGGUUCAUUAUCUCAUGGUCUUGUCUGCCAACUGGGCCUAUGUGAAAGAUGCUUGCAGAAUGCAAAAAUAUGAGGAUAUUAAAUCAAAGGAGGAACAAGAGCUUCAUGAUAUUCAUUCUACUCGCUCUAAAGAGCGGCUUAAUGCUUACACAUAAAAGAAAUCUUGUCUUACUUUUUACCAUGAAAAUGCUUUGUUGUUUAACUAAAGGCCAUCCAACCAUUUUAAAAACAAUUGAAAGUGCUUCUCACAAAAGAUUGUUUGGGUGAUUUACAUAUCACCCAUGUACAAUUCUUAGUUGUCUAGCACUUGGUUUCUUAAUUACUUCUUUGUGUGACCAUUCUCUACCACAAAACUCCUAAAUAGCCUUUCCUGAAUUCUCUUAAGCUAAUUAGUUCUGCUAGAUCAAUGAUACUAAACUAUUGUCAAAUGCAAAUAUGUGUUUGAUUUUUUUAAUCACUUUGUAUGUGUUAUGCAUAACACCUUUUGCAUUGUUUCUUAUAUGUUUUUGGAAAAAAAGAAAAAGGUAGCUUUUUAUACUUUUUAGUUUUGAGUUCAGUAACUACUUUAACUACAGGUAUAUUUCAAAGGGACCAUUGUACCUGAUGUACAAUAUAGUAAGAAAACAUUCUGAUGACUUUCCUUUAUCUUUGGAAAUCUUGCUAGAUGGACCCUGAUCCAGUUGAAGGUUCUACUAAUGUUUUAAACAAUCAAGGGUGCAAUUUCUAAAUUUGUAGUGGGUAAAGAAAAAAGGGAGAAAAAAAG